AUGGCUACCAACGGAUCUACUGUGCCCUCAUACCUCUUGACCGGCAAGGUCGCUCUGGUCACUGGCUCAGGACGAGGCAUGGGCCGUGAAACCGCACUCGAACUCGCACGCCGCGGGGCCGACGUGGUGGUCAACUACGCCAACAGCUCCAAGGCGGCCGACGAGCUCGUGGCCGAGAUCAAGGCGCUGGGCCGGGACUCGAUCGCCGUCAAGGCCAACGUGUCGGACGUGUCGCAGAUUGUGGACAUGUUCGCCGAGGCCAAGAAGCACUUUGGCAAGCUCGACAUUGUCGUGUCCAACUCGGGCGUCGUGUCGUUCGGCCACCUCAAGGACGUGACCGAGGAGGAGUUCGACCGCGUCUUCAACAUCAACACCCGCGGCCAGUUCUUCGUGGCCCGCGAGGCCUACAAGAACCUCGAGCCCAACGGCCGCAUCAUCCUCAUGGGCAGCAUCACGGGCCAGGCCAAGGGCGUGCCCAAGCACACCGUCUACUCGGGCUCCAAGGGCGCCAUCGAGACCUUCGUGCGCUGCAUGGCCAUCGACUGCGGCGACAAGAAGAUCACCGUCAACGCCGUCGCCCCCGGCGGCAUCAAGACCGACAUGUACCACGCCGUGUGCAAGGAGUACAUCCCCAACGGCGAGAACCUGACCGACGAGCAGGUCGACGAGUACGCCGCCACCUGGUCGCCCAUGAACCGCGUCGGCAUGCCCAUCGACGUCGCCAGAGUCACUGCCUUCCUGGCCUCGCAGGACGGCGAGUGGGUGAAUGGAAAGGUCAUUGGUAUUGACGGUGCCGCUUGUGUAAGUUCUCUCUUUUUGAUCUGCCUUCCCACCCCUCUCGAGGUUUCGUCAUGA